AUGCGUCCUGAUCCAGAGGUCAACUUCACGUCAAACCCUGUCCCCUCUCUCCCGAAAUGUCGGAAGAAAGAUGGAGAAGAGAACCUGAAAGUUGCAGAACCACUCAUUCUCUUUUGGUUUGCAACACAGAACAAGGACCCGUCCUUAUGUGACGUGUCAUCUGUGUUAACCUUUCAUCAAGAGUUGCUGGAUAAAGGGUGCAUCCCUUCCACACUCAAAGUAUAUGUGGCAGCCAUCACGGGGAGCUUGAAGACUGAAUCUGCCUCUUCCUCAUACUGUGCUGACCUGGGACUUAUCCAAGGUCCUCAGGGCCCUUCGAGGUCCCCCUUUGAGGCGCUCCAGUCAGCCAACUUACAGCCCCUGUCGCUUAAGACUGCUCUUUUUCUAGCUUUAGUAUCGGUCAAGCGAGUGGGUGAUCUGCAAGUGUUCUUAGUCAGUGCUUCCUGCCUUAAGUAUGGGUCUAACGACUGUAGAGUCAUCCUCAAACCAAGACAUGGCUAUAUGCCCAAGACGUUCUGCACUCGUUCAGAGCACAAGUUAUCACCCUUCUGGCUCUUCCUAACUCAGAGGAUGAGCAGGAACUUGAAAAAGAGUUGGCAUCCGCAAACUCUUAAAAACAUCGAGCGAGUGUGGAAAGCAGAACAGAAACAUGAGGCGGAGAGAAAGAAGAUUGAGGAGUUGCAGAAGGAGCUUAAAGAGGAGCGAGCCCGAGAAGAGAUUACCAGAUAUGCGCAAGAGACCGGCGCUGUGAAAAAGAAAGAUGACCGAUUGGACUGGAUGUACCAGGGUCCAGCAGGACAGAUCUCUCGGGAGGAAUACCUUCUUGGUCGCCCCAUCGACAAGCAGAUCACACAGCAGUAUGAGGACCCUGAGAGCGGACCAUCAGCUGAGACAGGCCUCCUGCCUGGUUCCAUAUUUAACCCUACAAGUUCUGUCUCUACUAAUGAUAUGGCUGCCAAGAUCAGAGAAGACCCUCUUUUUGAGAUCCGCAAACGUGAAGAGGAGAAGAAGAGAGGGGUUCUUACAAAUCCUGUUAAAAUGAAAGAAAUCCAAAAGAUGUUGCGUCACAAUCUUGAAAAGGAAAAGAGAAAACAAAAAAAGAAGAAAAGAGAGGAGAAAGAGAGGAGGAAGGAGAAAAAGCACAGAAAGAGGAGUUCAAGUUGCAAUGAGGAUGGCACAAAGAAUAGGUCAAAAGAGAAACGAUCAGAUGUCUUAACCUCUAAUAGACAUCACAAAUCAGGCUAUGGACUUCAAUUACCAGCAAACAGAUCUUCAGUAUCUAACCACACAGAUCACGGUUCAAGAGACAGGAGUCGGUCCCCGUUGUCUCAUAAAACAGACAGGGACAAUCACUCCUUUAGAGUGACAGAGCAGAGACCUAAAACCAAAGCCCCCAGCCCAUCAAGACACAGAGACCGCAAUCAAAGACAAUAUACUAAUUACAGCAAGCACCUCUCAGCUGAAGAGUUGGAAAAGAAGAGAAAGGAAAUGAUGGAUUUUGCCCGUGAAAGAAAAGUGGAAAGGCAAAAUAAUGUGCAGAGUUACAAGCGACAAGAGGAACAGGAGAAAGCCAGAGACAAUGCCAAACAGGACUGUCAUGCUGGCUUCAUACAUGACAUGAAACUAGAGAGUGCUGCCACCUCCUCUCUGGAAGACCGUGUGAAGAGAAACAUUCACUCUAUUCAGAGGACCCCUGCUGAUCUGGAGAAGAACUUCGAUGAGAGAUGA